ACUUGAACGCAAAUUUCCAUGAAAUUUUUCCUUGUUGUGAGAUCGAAGUUUAUGGAGUUUUAAAGGUUUUAUUCCACUUUUCUAUGAAGCGAUGUAGGGCAAAGAUCUGUUUUCAAAGUCCUUUCAAAUGUUUAAGCUGUCCAAAGGAGCCGUGUCAUUAGCCCUCCAGAAUCAUGGAAUGGCUUAUGGGGUAAGGUGUACUCAACCGGGUUAAAUUUGUUUGCUUAAAAUGUCUUCUCCCACUCUUUUUUUUCGCGGUCAUAUUGGGUGCGGCUUGCAAGAUAAUUAUGGAACAAGGAAGCUAAAGUAGUAGGUGUUUACUUGAUACUUUUUCAACAGACAGGAAAUAGGAUGGAUUAAAUACCGGCGCGAAGUCCGUUUGAAUUUGACCUUUUGAAAGCGAUUGCGCGUGUAUGUCUGAGCUAGUUCAUUUCAAAUUGCGAAAUUAGAAUUCAACUGAAAUAUCCUGAACACAGCUGAUGUUUUUACGUGCAUAAUAUGUUUACUUUUUUCAAGAAAAGGGGUUAUUUAAUCAUCGACAAGUGACGAUACAAAGCUUAAGCGUUAUAUACUUUUUUCUAGUGAUACGUUUGUAUAAGAACAGCUAACGCGGAAUCAAUCUGAUCAAUCAGCGAAUUUCGAUUCAAUCAACGUCAUCAAUAAAUUUUGUUGCUAAUCAGUGCAUUGUCUGUUAUUCAGGUCUAAUGUAUACCAGGGCUUACGGAGAAAGCCAUCACUUCAUGAGUGACUUCCCACUUUAAAUUUUGCAAGGUUUAGCUCUCUGAAUUAAAAAAAACAAAAAAAAAAAGACAGCGGACUAUUCGUUUACACAUGUCGUCAAUGGAGUGUGAGAUUGAGAACAAUAACAAAUUUCACCUCCAAAAAUAAAUCUCUGUUUUUAUGCAGACUAUUUCCAUUGUUUCCAACAAUAAGUAUGGCUGCUAUGUUGUCUGUUUAUUUAUUCACUUAUAGAUAAUUUUGUUUUUCUGGGGAGGAGAGGGCAGUUUCUUCAUAAUUGACAUUUUUAGGACAGAUGAAUACAACAGACAGUGAGGUUACUGAGCAAUGCGAGUGACUCUAACAACAAUGUCUGAAGAUCUCAGAAAUUUGAUUUCAAUGCCAAAGAAAAUGAUCAUUUUACAUUGGACAUGUUUACUACAGCAUUGAGCUCAGGGUUUGUAUUUAGGGCUGUUGAGCAGCUAAGAAGUUUGAUAUUAAAGCACUCAGGAAUCAUGACCAUAAUACCCAGGGAAAAACCCAGUCCAUGAACCUUGGGUCGGUGAACAGCGCUAGAUAUAUACCUCGACGCUUUGCAUCUCAGUAUAUAAUAUCCACAACUACUGUGUGUAUUCACCUCCCUUUCGUGGGAUAGUUGUGUACUAUACCUACCUUGCAGUACCGGUACAUGUGUAUGAGACCACUUGACAUGGUACCGUGGACUCGAGACCCUUUACCCCUGAUCUGCUUGGGGAGGGUCACCAAGCCUUGUUGGUAUAUUCUUCAUCCAAUAUUUUGUCCACAUAUGAAAUAUGUGUUUUUUCAGCAUAAAAGCUUACAUUAUGAUAUUGUAUUACAUUGUACAUUGCAUUGUACACCUUUAAUGCAUGAUAAUGCUGUUUUUAUAGCAACACCCUUAAAUUUAUCAGUGCAAACUAUUAGAUAAGCUAAUGCAAGAGAUCUCCAUUUUCAUAUGGAUAAAGAAAACUGAGAAUUACCCAUGAGUACAGGUUUCUCUCUUGCUAGGCUUUUAAUGUUUAUGAAGUCAUUUGUUGCAUAUCAGUUUUAUGCAACUGGCAUGCGACGCAAACAACUUUGUAAAUGCUAAAAGCCAUGCAAGAGAGAAACCUCUGCUCAUAAUGCACACUGAGUGUAUCUCUUUUAAGCAGGAACCAUUAUCUGUAAAACAGGGUUCCAGGGAGUAUGAUCAUUCAUGGCAACUUUAUUAAUGUCCUUUAUAUCUGUAAUGUAAACUUGUUCCUUUUGCUGUUUAUAGGAAGGGGAAGAAAAAGCCUGUUGAACCAGAAGUUAAAGAAGACAAACCAUAUUUAGAGGAACGCUAUGUAAAUAGUUUCUUAAGGGAAAUGUCUGAAAUCCGAGAACUUGUGCCCCUUCCUCCAAGCAUUGAUCUGAAUGAGUGGAUUGCAACAAACAGUAAGUGAUUAAAUAAUGGGCUACAAUUUUGCUGUUGUUUGCAUGGUUCAGCAAGGAGCUGAGAUAGCUUGCUUGGUAUGGGGUUUAUAAUGUUACAUAUAAAAUGUCAAGCUAACUGCAAAUGGAUGCAACAACCCCCAACACUGCUGGAUCAGCAAUGUGUGGAAUUGUUGUGUCCAUGCUGGCAGUGGUGUGCAAAGGGAUGCAACAACUCCUAACAUUGUUGGGUCAGUAAUGUUUGGAAUUGUUGUGUCUAUGCUGGCAAUGGUGUGCAAAGGGAUGCAACAACUCCAACAUUGUUGCAUCAGCAAUGUUUGGAAUCGUUGUGUCCAUGCUGGCAGUGGUGUGCAAAGGGAUGCAACAACUCUCAGCAGUAUUUGGACUUGCAGUGCAUUGUGGGAAGGAUACAACCCAUAAGACUAAGUAACAAUAAAUGUUGGGGGUUGUUGGUUCAACAACUGGGAGUUUUUCACCAACAAUGUUGUGUCCAUUUGUAUGGGGCUUUAUUUUUAGUCACAUAAUGUGAGCACCUUGACUAGCCUGCGUAGCAUGGCGGUUUUGGUUGGGCGCGCCAGGUAAUAAAGGCGGGCAAGGGCAGAGAAACCACGAGGAGAUUGGGGCGGGAGGAACUUGAAAAACCGCCUGCACGGAUGAGGGGCUUUUUUGAGUCGGUCCGUAUGCCAGCAUACGGAUCAUUCCGAUUGGUUCAGAAUGUUCGCCUGUCAAUCAAAUAUUUUGGUAAUCUCCCAUGGGAGAGUUUCGAGGGACUGAACAAAUCAUCUCCGCAAAAGAAAAUCAAAAUAUCAAAGAAGCGUUGACCGGAGCGUCGUCGAUCUUGAAUAAUUAUUUGACGGGAAAACAGGGCAAUUGUAUUGAAGCCUAAACAGGAAAUGGCCAUUUACAGUCUUCUUCAAAGGAGAGAUGUCAUGGAAAUUUUGUCAACAACAUUUGGCAAGAGCAUGAUCUCUACUGUCUUUGCUAUGGCCAAAGAAGAAAUAUCCUCAUCGAAAACCUGUAUGAUCACAAUUUCCCCUCUAAAAAGUACUAUAGACGACCAGAUCUAAAACAAGAUCUACUCAGUCAAGUUUAGAACGCAGUGUAGUCACCUAUGCACGAGAUAGCAACAAAGAAAAAACCUGUGUUUGUUCAAGCAAACUCCGGCCAAGGUCACGUUUUACAUUAUAUUUAUCACAAGCUUUUGUGUCAUGUUUAGGCUGUCAACAAUCUAUUUCUGAUUGGCUGGGAAAACUGAAACUAAACAAGUUGUUAUCAGGAUGUCAAAAUGAGUUAAAGGGGGGGGGGGGGGCAGUUGAAAAGGCCACGAAUCCGGGCAGGCGGUUUUUAUUUUUUUCGCGACUUUGCCGCUCAUUCUCGCGCCCUUCGCAUGCAAAUCUUGCGGCUUUGCCGCUCGUGAGUCCAGCUCGACAAAACUGCCAUGCUACGCAGACUACACCUUGACCACCUAGUUAAUCCACUGUCUGUUAGAAGGCCAGUGAAGGCAUGACGUGGCCAAGCAGCUAACAUCUCAAACUUGUACAGUCCGGAAUAUCCCUAAAUUUAAGGACAGGGCCAACUGGUCACGUGACACUUUUCAACCAAUGAGAAGGCGCGCUUGUGUUUAUCAACAAACAAAUCAAAACAUCGCCCCAGCGAUCAAAAAUUUUCAAAACAACUGACGGAGUCGGACAGAAUCAGUCAUCGUUUCGAGGCUCUCAGGCAUAUUUUUAAGACUUUUCAUGAUGAGGCACACAAUUUUUUUAAGUAGACAGCGUCUUGGAAGCCAUAUUGGAAGUGUCUCGUGAAAUAUUCAGCACAUUUUGUGGCUUAUUUCUUCUUUUAUCUUUUAAUCAACGCGUUGUAUAGGAGAGAUUUUGGUCGGUUUUCAAGGUAGGUGAACAAGUAUCUAUCAUUUUUUCGAUUCACAGAUUUCUUACGAAGUUCUAGAUAUUUUUCCUCGAUUGUCGUAUCCAUUAACUUUUAUCAUGUUGAAUGUGGGGAUGGUAGACAACCUAGAAAUUUGGUAGACAAUUUUUGAAUUCCGAGGUCCAAAACACGUACAUUUUCCACUCCCGGGUUUCUCACAAAAGCCGUGUUAUUACUUUUUUUUCGCAUUAGUACGAGCCUUUGCCUUUUUUCCUUUCAAGGCCAAAACAACUUUAUUAGUCUCAUAGAUAUUCACGUCUAACAUCUCGCCUCACUUUGCCGAAUUUGCGGGGAUGAAAUUGAAGAUCAUAAACGCAAGGUACAGAAGGUAGAUACUAACCGCUUUGUUUCUGAAAUUCACUAAUCUGGAAAGAUUUAAUGUUGUUGGAUUCUCCAAAUGUUCACCCACCGUUAAAAAACAAUCAAAGAAACAAGGCAAAUCUCAAUUGUAAAUGCUGUAUUUCGCUACUCAUUGAACAUGCACUGAUUAUCUGGGAUAAAAUUAAAACAUUGCAGGUACUACAGCAAGCAAAGAAAGCACCAGAUGCGUGAAGUCAACACAAAACAACACAAAAAAACAAACAAGAAAAAUUAAUAAAUUUGAACUACUUUCUAUUCUUGUUAUGAUGACUGGUUCUUUGAUUCUUGUCCUGUAGAAGUUAAUAGGUAGUACCAAUCCUGUUUUGUACGAUCUCAACAAAUUUUCACACUCCCUCUAAGGCUAUUUUUGACGAGACCAGUUGCUUCUAUCAAAAAUCUUGCAAGCCAUGCCAGUGAAACCACAACCUCUGCGAUCGGUCAGGAAUCAGUUCGAACACCCCAAUGAUUCCUUGCAAUGAUUAAUGCUCUUAUUCUCUUAGAUGAAAUGUUUUCUUUGAAAUAUUAAAUGUGAAACCUAGACGAGUACUGUAAGCUCAUCUUUAAUUCUGUCCGACUCCGUCCGUUGUUUUGAAAAUUUUUGAUCACUGGGGCGAUGUUUUGAUUUGUUUGUUGAUAAACACAAGCGCGCCUUCUCAUUGGUUGAAAAGUGUCGCGUGACCAGUUGGCCCUGUCCUUAAAUUUAGGGAUAUUCCGGACUGUUGUAUAGUACUGACAAUCUGGGUUCAGGCCUUGUUAUCUUGCUGUUUCCUCUGACAAAAAAAUUUUGCUCCACCGUGAAAGUUGCUACGCGAUAAAAGAGUUCAAUCCCCACGGGAUUUUCUUGGUACACCAACAUGGCCACCAUUUCAUUGCUUUGCACACCAAUAUGGCCACUGUGUUAUAAUUUGAUGUGAAAAUGAUCAGAUUCUAUGAAUGGGUCAAGGGACAUAUUUUGGGGGCUAACCUGGUGUGAUGGACUUGCAUUUGGUAAACAACCAGUUAACCAGUAUAAAACUAGGUAUACCUAUCGAUAGAGUGCCAACGAGCGUAUUUUGCUUAGGAACAAAAUUCCUUUUUUUCCCCAAUUGACCGUUUCUUGGUCCCUUCCUGUUGCAAGGAUUAUUUUCUUGAAAAGUUCUCAGAUUCAGUCUGGUGGCUUUACAAACCUGCUAUGUAAAAGUGUGAAGUGCCUUGAAAGAAUAAAGUCAGCUUUGCAGAGGAAGCGAUCGGGAAUAUUAUUAAGUCCAGCUACAAAUCUACUGUCGGUUCGGUUUCACAUUGUUGAUAAAUAUUUACACAGUUUAAUCAUUUAAAAUUCCUUUCAAAUUUCCCGAGGCUUCUUGUUAUGGGAUUGAAACUUAGAAUGAUUCGCUAGGCCAUCUGAAAUGUUUCCAAGGACAUGCGAUGUACGGCACGUCGGUAUUUAAUUUUAGUUCAUUAUUUUUAUACUGAACUCGGCCACGUUUCGAAAAAAAUGGCGUUGUUUUCUUUUCCUUUGUCGUUCGCUUUAGGCUUGUAAUUCGUUUUUGUUCUCAUUGUUUUUGUUUGCUGGUUAGAUUUUUUCCCCAACACCAGAUUUUCCAACAGAAGCGACUGCAUUCUUCGUGUCAAGCUUUCCUUAUCUCCUCGUGUAAUCUGAUCCUUUUUAGUGGUCAGAAUAUUGCUUGCUGCACAUAGAACACUUUUGCUGUUUUACAAACUUCUCUUCAUUAAAACUUAACAUUAUGGCCCCUAAAAUUAACAGAAUAUAUGAAGUGCUCACGUCUCUUGACUGCGGUGACCGGUUUUGACGAAAAAAUUUAGGUAAAUAAACACAGGAAGUCGCGACGGCAGGAAGUGUGUGAAAUUUUGUUUGUUAUUCAACUUGAGCCCGUGCGCCAGGUACUGCCUUUUGAUUGGUUCACAACUGACCACUUGGUCUCAGGGGAAUCUACAUUACAUUGGGUUACACUUUUUUCAGCUCGAUCGAGAAUUUUUCUGCCUAUUGCCCAGUCUUGCGCGGCUCUAUUCUGCUGCCGCCUCGCCAUCCAAGCGUCUUCCCUCGGAUGGCUCGUUGGCAAUAAUUAUGGCUGUACAUUUUGAAAUAUUAAUAAUUUAAAAUGAAUAUAUAUAUUGAAUAAAUAUAUUGAAUAAUGAUAUUUAAUUGCAGCUUUAGCCUUUUUCAACCAAGUUGACUUGUUAUAUGGAAGUGUUAGUGAGAGAUGCACUUCGGCAUCCUGUCCAACUAUGUCAGCCCCAGGAGCUGUGUAAGUUAACAUUUCAUUUCUCCUGAUACUAUUCACACAUACAGCAAGCUUUUAGGACAUGAAAUUGCACCUAUUGUAGUGUAUUGGCACUAACACACCAAAAUUUCCCAUUUUGGCAGUCAAAUCCUGCAAAUUAGUUUCCAAAUUGACAACUAGAAUGCUUCAUUGCACCUUGUUUGAAGAGAUUACAAGUAUUUUGAAAAUGUGUAAAUGUGUAAGAUGGUCAUCUAAACAUCUCUGUUUUAACCCAUUCGCCCCUGAACCGCCCGUAACCGCCCGUGCGGAGCCAGGUCCUUUCUACCCUUUGUGACAUCAUCAGUUUUAACGGUCAAGGACAACUUUCUUCGCUAACUUGUGCAGAGUGAAGAGAUCUUUCAAACCAUACCAGAAUGAGCACAAUUCAGUCAAGGACACCGGAGAAAGAAGCAAAAAACCACGUGACAAGGACCUGAAAAACUCCAUGAAAAUCUUGUUCCAUUACCCACCUACCUUUCCUUUCACCUAAUCCUAAGAUCCUAAAAGCUUUCCUAAAAACUCUUCCCACCAAAAUGAAGCCUACUAAAUGCCCAGCAAGGGAAAAAAAAUGAGGCAAGAAAAGCGAAAAAAGAAGGGAGGAGAGAAAGCGAAAAGUAAAAGUCAAGACUGUCGAAAUUUUGCUUUCUGCGCAUGCCCGAACUUCGCAAGCUGAUGUUUUGCAUCUGGAUCAGAAGGCCGCCAAGUGUACGACCUGUAAACCGGUUUGUGGUAAGUUUUAGCUCUUUAUAGCAUGACAGUGACCAGAAAACCACUCGGCUAGCUUCAAAACGCGUUUUUCCGCAAAAUCUCCUGGAGCAAAUGGGUUAAAGUGAAAGAGGUUUCAAAUCCAAGGAUAGAAAAAUAAUGUAUAAGCAUACACAAUCUUUUGAUAACCAUCAUGGAAUCUUUAUCAAGACAAGUGAUGGAUUUGGAUGUUUUUAGUCACUUAAUAAUAAUUUUUAAUUUGUAAUUCACGUGACAAACAUCCCAGUAGAUCGCGGGGAGCUCAUAAUAAGAUUGGAGUCCCUGUGCACUUGCUUUGCAAAUAAAAUCUUAAGCUAGACACCAUCUUGGUUUUCACAUACAUGUACAUUCAUUGUAUUUUGUCUUUUAUAGUAUCACUUUAGUUUUAGAUGUAUGCUACCUGCUAGAAUCAUUUUUCUGUAGGGAGUAACCUUUACUUUAGAUGUAACUGUUUACAUCUUGGGUUAAAGUAAAGAGUUUGAUUUAGAUGAGUGUCAUUGUUUAUGCAGCUGGCAGUAGCCCCUGUUUGUUUGCUGACUGUCCAACCAUCCCAAUCUCCUUGGGAUUCUCUCGAUUUUGCUUGAAAAUCCCAAUCCCGACCAAUAUGUGAUCACAAUUGGAAAAAUUCCAGUUUUGACAUUAGUUAUGAUGUUUUCAAAUGUAUUCGUGGGAUUUGCGUAAUGAUGGUGACUUAAAUGUCUACACCAGUUAGUUGCACGUUGCAGUGACCAACUUGAAAGCCUGGCUGAUUAGUCUCUGCACACACUUCACCUUUGAUGAUUUAUGUCAUUUUGUUUCAUGUUUUCUUACUUUUGUAAUUUAUUGUAAUUUUUGUAGCAACCUCUUGAAAUAGUGCAAAAAAUAAAAAAUGUGAAUCUGACUCUGACUCUGAUACUUUUCCAACAGAAUAUACUUAAACGGAAACUGAAAUCGAGUACUUGUAUGUGAAGCCACGCAAUUAAAAAUAAGCAUAAAAAGACAUCGAUUUAGCUGACAUUUAGACAGAAAUUGUCCUCUCAAAACACUAGAAAAAGCAUUUCAGAGCAUAAAAAGUUCAAAAUUUUCUGGGGUAACAUGCCUCCUGCCCCUUGUAUGGGCUCGCACCCUCAGUGCUCCCGUUCAUUCAUCGAUGAUUGAAAAAUGUCUUAGUUGAUUUUACAUACUCAAAAGGUUGGACAGUCUGUGUGGUUCUAAGGUUUUUGCUUGGAAAAGGUUCCAAUGGAAUUUUCAUUGAACUUUUUUUUUUUCAGAGUAUAUUUGUGGCAUGAUGACAAAGGCAAAAAGAUAACAAAGACAAAUGUUUCAGCACCUCAGUAUAUUGACUACGUUAUGACAUGUUGUCACAAUUAUCUACAUGAUGAUGCAGUGUUUCCUACAAAAUAUGGUGAGUUUAAAGAAAAAGGUGGUGGUGAGUUUAAGAAGACAUGUAGAGAGCAUAUAAUAGUAAAAACCAAGUGCAACAACAACCAACAUCAGAAAAACAAACAGGUUUAUAAAUGUUACUGAGCAGAACCACACUUCUGCAUGUUUGUCACACUUUAAUUAGUUACAUUUCUUUUUUGUCAGUGAAUGCAUGACUGUGAUGUGAAAUAAUUAAUCUACCCUUAUAUGGCUAAAGUAACUUUCAUUCUUAGCACAAGAGCAGCAUGACUUUCUUGCACUGCGUGACAGUCUUCAGGUGGUUAAAUAAAAAUUAUAUACUUCGCACAUCGAAGCAUCUUUAACCUAUGUGGUUUAAUUUUUCUGUUUACAAUCUACCUUCCAUUAAUUUUGUUUCAAGUUAGAAAUUAACUGUAAUUAUAUUUCUUUUAGAUGGCACAUUGUAGUCAAGUUCACUGUGGCUAUAGGUGUACGUGUUGUACAUUAUAUGCAUGUGUACCAUUGUAUUCUAAAUUCUUUAAAUUAUCUUAAUACAUUAAUGAUAUUCUUAUGCCAAUGCAACAUUAUUCCAUUUGUACCUAAAAGAGAAGCAUUAUGUGUGGUAUAAUUUGUAGAGAAGGCCUCUGUGGCAAGUUUUAAAAUAACCAAUUAAUUAUAUUUCGCUUUUUUCCCCUGUAGGAAUGACAUUUCCAUCAACUUUUCUUACAACAGUGCGCAAGAUUUUCAAACUUCUCUUUCAUGUGCUGGCUCACAUUUAUUAUGCUCAUUUCAGUGAUCUGUUAAAUCAUGAACUGCAUUCUCACAUUAACACUGUGUUAAUGAACUUCAUUUUAUAUCAGCAAGAAUUUCACUUGCUUGACGCCAAGGAAACAGCACCAUUAGAUGACUUACUUCAAGCAAUGGGCCUGAUUAGUCAGAGUUAGUUUUAUAAAAUAUGUCCUUUGGGUAUGUAUUUUUAUCCAGAUAAAUUUGUGUGUUAUUAAUAGGUAUAUUUUCUCAAUAUUUCUGGUGUUAAUAUUUGUGAACAUUGAAAUAUGUAUGACAUUCAUUGAAAAAAUUUGCCUGGGUCAAUUUUUAAUUUAAAGUGUAAUUUUUAGUGGUUAGUAUUUUUAAUUAACCCCUUUACCCAGUUUAACAGUGACCAACAUUGGAUUUGUCCCUAAAAUUUCACUGAUAAAAAGGUUAUUAGCACAGGCAUCCCAAGCUCACAUUAUGAGGGUGGAAUGUAACUUCCAAUGACGUGAGUGAGUCGGUAUCGCAUUACAACGUUGUAUGAGAAAUAAAAUACCAAGGUCUGCGAACAAUAAAUAUUUUUAUUUUUACCUUUUGAUCAAUAAACUAAAUAAAGAAGAUAUAUCUUCAUUGUAUUCUGUGUUUUUGGUGACUUCAUUAGUAUACAACGUCUUAAUGAUUGUGUGUAAUACAAUACCUACUCACUCGCAUCAAUGCCCGUAAUUGCUAGCAUAGAGGAGAUGAUAACCAAGUAAAAAAGGUCUUGAUCAUUAAACAAAUUCUCCUCAUCAAUACCAUGGAAAAUGUAUGAAAGACAAUGUGGAGAAAGUGCAUGCUGAUGUUAGGACUUAAACCUUUAAGUCCCAAGAGUGAUCAACAUCAAUUUUCUCCUAACGGUAUCAAUACAUAGUGAUGAUAAAAGGUUAUGAGAAUUAAUGAAAUGAUCACGUUGGGGAAAAUGCUUUGAUCUUGAACAAUUUCUCUCAACUUAUUCUCUGAGGAAAUGAAUAGAAAUCAGUCUGGAGAAUUUGUUUGUCAAUAUUGGGGCUUAAAGGAAAUUAGGUUCAAUUUUAACAGAACAUACAUAUAGAGAACUGAAAAGAAGGAUCAUUUGUUUUUCAUACAAGCUGAUUAAGUGCAGACCAAACCAGUAACCAGAUAUAAUAGAAAUGCAAGAGGCCUGUAGCCAGUAUACUCCAACCCAAAGGUGGUUGUCUUGUUAAAAAAGGGAACUUAAGCAACGACAGUGAUGACAGCAGUGAAAAUGUAACUAGAAAAAUGAAUUUGGGUUCUUUCAAAUGUUAUCGGGUCUAUUUGGACAUGCUCAGUAUCUUUCCUGGACUUGAAUUCUUAAGGACUUAAUCCAGGUUUAAAGAGAGUCAAAGGAAAAUUCUUUGUCGCAUCUGUCAUAUGUUCACGUCCUGCGUAAAACAUUGCAUCAGAUUGUUAAUCGUUUUCAUGCAGUGGACAUCAAAUAAAUGUACUAAAAAGCGUGAUGUACACCCAGUUGUUUUGGUCAUAAAACCAAUUGUUUUUUGUUGUCAUCGGUGUUUAAGCUCCCUAAUGACUUUUCUUUUCACAAGUUUCUUGUGUGUGUGGCACAAGUUCUAAACGCCAUGUCAUAAUGAGCGUGCCUUGGUCCCUUUCUAACCUGUUCCUCAGUUUCACUGGUUUGCAUCAAGGUUAUGAGAUAUAAGCUAGCUGUCAUAAAGGCAUUAUUUAUAUUAAUAUUGAUCAUCAAAACAUUUCUAUUAGAGUUCUAGUUUUAGUAGUUUAAUUGCAUCAGUCACUGAAAAGUUGCAUUCAUACAGUAAACACUACCCACAUGAAAAUAAAAGAACCUGGCAUUUUCUGAUUCACACUGUUGCAUUUCUUAUAUACACUGUAUAGGAGGGAGGAUAGUGAGAUAUCAGCUUGCCAAGGUUCAGCAUGUCCUAUAUAAGACUUGUCUUAGAUGGCUCUGUUCUGUGCUAGUGGUGGUUCACACACUUACUUGGAUAUACCCCACUGAUAUCAACGUAGGAUAAAAUGGCCCCUGGAAAGGAGAUUGCAACCUUCGGUUACCUUUCCUUUAUGAACCCGCUUCAUUUGUCAGGCUGAAUGGGCCUUUUGCACCCAGUCAUUCACAUGGUACAAAACCAUCAUGCUGGAGGGCAAGAGACAUGCUGGAACAAGUCAAACUAUCAAAUGAUCUGGACUCUUUGUUUGUCCUGUCCCAGUGUCCCUUAGGGCCUGUUUACAUGAAGGUAGGCGACCCCAAAUAGGUGAGGUAACAUGUGGCGGGUCACCCACCUAUCAUGUAAAUGUAAUCAAAUUAAAAUGAGAAAUUAUAUGGACAGGCGGGUUACCCCAUCUAAGCGGGUUACCUCACAUACCUGGGGUCCCCCACCUCCAUGUAAGCAGGCCCUUAGUCUCCAGCAUGGCAGUUUUAUACCACGUGAGUGACUUGCUACAAAUGGCCUAUUGGUUCUUUUAAUUACAUAUUAGGGAGUUUAAGAAUCUAUUCAACAAUGGUGACAGCCACGAAAACGUCACUUUAGAAGUGAAUUCACACUGCCUCAAACUCUAUCGCGCUAAUUCCAUUAAUUCGUCAAAUGUUGGCAAUUUUUUUGAAGUUGAAUUCUAAAGGACUGUAUCUAAGAAGGAAGUUGUUGUUGUCUUAAUUGUGUUUCCGCCCUCAACAAAACGUGAAAUUAGGCACUUUUUGCAUUGUAUUCAUGCAACAACGGCUAAGAUCUGUACAAAAAGCGUUGUUGUUUUGCCAAUCUAAACCUAUUGGUUUUUUGCCAUUCUUGUUGCCGUCGCCAUCGUUGUUGCUUAAGCUCCCUAUUUUUAAAUUAAAGCAUUUUAUUGGCCACAUUUCAGUCUCGAGUUUCUUAUAUAAACUGCUGUUUUUUUCUGUGGUUGUUUACGGUAUUGCAACUUCCAGCUUUAACAGAUCUUAACAGUUUUCUUUCAUAUUGUGAUUCAGUUUUGUUUCCUUAAAGGACUCCUUGCAUAAAUAAUUAAUUAUUAACACAAGUUUUUAAGUUCCAAGAUUUUGAAAUACCUUAGCAUUUUAUUACAUGUAUUAGAUAAACUUUUGCACUUUCAAAGUCAGAUCAGUUACACAUGUACAUCGAUUAGUUGAUGCAAACAAUAAAAAGAGGAAAGCGU